CCGCUCUCCAUUUCAGUGUGUUGUGUUCAGCGCCUCGCCGUCCACUCUGACCUUUUUAGCCCCGAACAGACGAGAUGGGAACGCCUUGAUUUAAACCCCGUCACUGGCGAUAAGUAACACCAUUCCCCCUUAAGUUGGACCUACAACAUCGCCAUCCAUACAUCCGUUUAAGUGUCUGUGCCGAAAAGAAGAAACGGCGAACGCUUCUUCAUCCCCGCAGCUGCAGCUGAAGACAACUACAUGUCCCAGAAUCCCCUGUGAGAGUUAGACAGUGCUUCCUCGUCCACGUUCUGUCUCUCCCUCUGUCCGGUUGGUUGGAUGAGUCCCAAAAAGCGACAGGACUGUGAGCAGUGAUUGGGCGCUGAGCCAGACCAGGCAGCCAACGGGGAUCCAGGCUAGCCAUCAUGGCGGACGUGGACCCAGACACCCUGCUGGAGUGGCUGCAGAUGGGUCAGGGCGAUGAGCGGGACAUGCAGCUCAUCGCUCUGGAGCAGCUCUGUAUGCUGCUGCUCAUGUCCGAUAACGUCGACCGCUGCUUCGAGACGUGUCCUCCUCGGACUUUCCUCCCAGCCCUCUGUAAGAUCUUUCUGGACGAAAGCGCCCCGGACAAUGUGCUGGAGGUCACAGCCCGAGCCAUCACCUACUACCUGGAUGUGUCGGCUGAGUGCACCCGGAGGAUUGUGGGAGUGGACGGGGCCAUCAAAGCGCUGUGCAACCGGCUGGUGGUGGUGGAGCUCAACAACAGGACGAGCCGAGACCUGGCUGAGCAGUGUGUCAAGGUGCUGGAGCUGAUCUGUACCAGGGAGUCCGGUGCUGUGUUCGAGGCUGGCGGUCUGAACUGUGUGCUGAGUUUCAUCAGAGACAGUGGCCACCUUGUCCACAAAGACACUCUACACUCAGCGAUGGCCGUCGUCUCCCGCCUCUGCAGUAAGAUGGAGCCUCAGGACUCAUCUCUUGAGACCUGCGUCGAGUCCCUGUCCAGCCUACUCAAACACGAAGACCACCAGGUUUCAGAUGGUGCUCUGCGCUGCUUCGCUUCAUUGGCUGACCGUUUCACCCGUCGUGGCGUCGACCCCGCCCCUUUAGCCAAACAUGGCCUGACAGAGGAGCUGCUGUCCCGCAUGGCGGCCGCUGGUGGCACAGCAUCAGGCCCCGCCUCCUCCUGUAAACCAGGCCGGACCUCAACAGGUGCCGCCCCCUCAGCCCCUGAUUCCAAACUGAGCAACCAGGUGUCGACCAUCGUUAGCCUGCUGUCCACACUGUGCAGAGGGUCACCGCUGGUCACGCAUGACCUGCUGCGAUCGGCACUACCCGACUCAAUGGAGUCGGCCCUGGGCGGAGACGAGCGCUGCGUGUUGGACACCAUGCGGCUAGUGGACCUCCUGCUCGUGCUCCUGUUCGAGGGCCGGAAAGCGCUGCCCAAAUCCACAGCAGGGUCGACGAGCCGAAUCCCCGGCCUGCGACGCCUGGACAGUUCAGGAGAGAGAUCACACCGACAGCUCAUUGACUGUAUCCGCAGCAAAGACACAGACGCUCUGAUCGACGCCAUUGACACCGGAGCCUUUGAGGUGAAUUUCAUGGACGAUGUAGGACAAACGCUGCUCAACUGGGCUUCAGCUUUCGGCACACAGGAAAUGGUGGAGUUUCUGUGUGAGAGGGGGGCGGAUGUAAACAGAGGUCAGAGGUCAUCCUCACUGCACUAUGCUGCUUGUUUCGGACGCCCACAAGUAGCAAAGACUCUUUUGCGUCACGGAGCCAACCCGGACCUGAGGGACGAGGACGGGAAAACCCCUCUGGACAAAGCCAGAGAGAGGGGACACAGCGAGGUGGUGGCCAUCCUGCAGUCACCUGGAGACUGGAUGUGUCCUGUGAACAAAGGAGACGAUAAGAAGAAGAAAGAUGUGAAUAAAGAGGAGGAGGAGGGAACCGAGCCCAAAGGAGACCCAGAGAUGGCUCCCAUCUAUCUGAAGAGACUUCUGCCUGUUUUUGCACAAACUUUUCAGCAAACCAUGCUGCCUUCAAUUAGGAAAGCCAGUUUGGCUCUGAUCAGAAAGAUGGUUCACUACAGUAGUGAAGUGCUGCUAAAGGAGGUGUGUGACAGUGAAACGGGACACAACCUGCCCACUGUUCUGGUGGAGAUCACUGCUACUGUCCUGGACCAGGAGGACGACGAUGACGGCCACCUGCUGGCGCUGCAGAUCAUCAGAGACCUGGUGGAUAAAGGUGGAGACGUUUUCCUCGAUCAGUUGGCCAGACUGGGAGUCAUCAACAAGGUGUCGACUCUGGCCGGUCCGGCAUCUGAUGAUGAGAACGAGGACGAAGCGAAGCCUGAGAAGGAGGAGGAGGUUCAGGAGGACGCCCGUGAAAUCCAGCAGGGGAAGCCGUACCACUGGAGGGACUGGUCAAUCAUCAGGGGGCGGGACUGCCUCUACAUCUGGUCGGACGCUGCCGCCCUAGAACUCUCCAAUGGAUCCAACGGCUGGUUCAGGUUCAUCCUGGACGGAAAACUAGCCACCAUGUACUCCAGUGGGAGUCCAGAGGGGGGGUCGGACAGCUCUGAGUCUCGCAGUGAGUUCCUGGAGAAGCUGCAGCGAGCCCGGAGCCAGGUGAAACCAGUAACGGCCAGCCAGCCCAUCCUGUCCAGUGUGGGACCUACGAAGCUGACGGUGGGGAACUGGUCCCUGACCUGCCUGAAGGAGGGGGAGAUCGCCAUCCACAACUCAGAUGGACAGCAGGCCACCAUCCUGAAGGAGGACCUACCCGGCUUCGUCUUCGAGUCCAACAGAGGAACCAAACACUCGUUCACUGCAGAGACGUCACUGGGUUCAGAGUUUGUGACGGGCUGGACCGGGAAGAGAGGCAGGAAGCUGAAGUCGAAGCUGGAGAAGACGAAGCAGAAGGUGAAGAGCAUGGCCCGGGAGCUGUACGACGACCACUUCAAAGCUGUAGAGAGCAUGCCCAGAGGUGUGGUGGUCACUCUGAGGAACAUCUCCACACAGCUGGAGUCAGCCUGGGAGCUGCACACCAACAGACAGUGCAUCGAGGGGGAGAACACGUGGAGGGACCUGAUGAAAACAGCUCUGGAGAACCUGAUCGUGGUUUUAAAGGAUGAAAACACCAUCUCUCCAUAUGAGAUGUGCAGCAGUGGCCUAGUCCAGGCGCUCUUCACUGUCCUCAAUAAUAGUGUGGAACUGGACCUGAAACAUGAUUGUAAGCCUUUAAUGGAGAGGAUCAAUGUCUUUAAGGCGGCUUUCAGUGAAAAUGAAGACGAUGAAAGCCGACCAGCUGUUGCCUUAAUCCGUAAACUGAUAGCUGUUCUGGAGUCAAUAGAACGUCUACCUCUGCACCUGUACGACACACCUGGGUCCUCAUACAACCUGCAGAUCUUAACCAGGAGGUUGCGGUUUCGUCUGGAGCGAGCACCAGGUGAGACGGCUCUGAUCGAUCGGACUGGUCGCAUGUUGAAGAUGGAACCGCUGGCCACUGUGGAGUCUCUGGAGCAGUAUCUGCUGAAGAUGGUGGCCAAGCAGUGGUACGACUUCGAGCGCUCAUCCUUUGUCUUUGUGAGGAAGCUGAGGGAAGGACAGACAUUCACAUUCAGACACCAACAUGACUUUGAUGAGAAUGGAAUCAUCUACUGGGUCGGAACCAACGCCAAGACAGCAUAUGAGUGGGUAAACCCCGCCGCUUACGGUCUGGUGGUGGUGACAUCAUCCGAGGGGCGGAACCUCCCCUAUGGUCGUCUGGAGGACAUCCUGAGUCGGGACAGCUCCGCCCUCAACUGCCAUACCAACGAUGACAAAAACGCGUGGUUUGCUGUCGACCUGGGCCUGUGGGUCAUCCCCUCCGCGUACACCCUGAGACACGCCAGGGGUUACGGCCGCUCAGCACUGAGAAACUGGGUGUUUCAGGUGUCGAAGGAUGGUCAGAACUGGACGACUCUGUACACACAUGUAGACGACUGCAGCCUCAACGAACCAGGGUCGACGGCCACAUGGCCUCUGGAUCCGUCCAAAGAGGAGAAACAGGGCUGGAGACACAUCCGGAUCAAACAGAUGGGGAAGAACGCCAGCGGGCAGACUCACUACCUGUCGCUGUCGGGGCUGGAGCUGUAUGGCACCGUAACCGCCGUCUGCGAGGACCAGCUGGGUAAAGCUGUGAAAGAGGCUGAGGCCAACCUCCGUCGGCAGCGGCGUCUGUUUCGUUCUCAGGUAAUGAAGUACAUUGUCCCCGGUGCCAGAGUCGUCCGCGGAAUUGACUGGAAGUGGCGCGACCAGGAUGGAAACCCGGCUGGAGAGGGAACAGUGACCGGAGAGGCCCACAACGGCUGGAUUGAUGUAACCUGGGAUGCUGGCGGCUCUAACUCUUACCGUAUGGGCGCUGAAGGGAAGUUUGACCUCAAGCUUGCUCCAGGGUACGACCCUGAGUCGGCUGCCACAGCGCCGUCACCCAAACCUGUCUCAUCCACUGUUUCAGGCCCCGCCUCCUCCUCCUCAGCGGUGGGACCGUCCGCGACCCCGGCGGCCAGCGGCAGCACCACCACCACCACCUCCUCCUCGUCCUCCUCCACUUCGUCCUCCUCGCAGCAGCAGCAGUCCUGGAGCAGCCUGGUGAAAAAUAACUGUCCCGAUAAGGGCGGGGCCAUGGCGUCGUCGCUGGGCGGAGCCGGCUCCUCCAGCAGGAAGGGCAGCAGCAGCUCGGUCUGCAGCGUGGCGUCCUCCUCAGACAUCAGCCUCAGCUCCUCGGCCGGGCUGCCGGGGGGAGGUGCGGGUGGGCUGCGGCUGGAGAGGAGGGCCGAGGGGCUCCUCCUGGACCAGGGCUCCUCAGGGGCCGGAGGGGGCGGGGUCGGCUGCGACGGACAGCAGCAGGAGCCUAUAGUCGUACUGUCGUCGGCUGUUGAGGGUGGGGCUGGCUCGGCGUCCAGCUCCGGGACGCUCACCGCCGACCCAACAGCCGCCGGAGAGGAAAAUCGAAACAAAGACUCUGCUGCGACUGACCCGAACACGGCCAUCUCCAUGGGCCUGGUGAGCGUCAGUUCUCCGGACGUCAGCUCUGUGUCAGAGUCCUCCAGUAAGGACACGCCUUCCCAGAGGCCUCUGUGUUCGGCCGCCAACGCCCGGCUGUCGGUCAGCUCCCUAUUGGCCGCCGGCGCUCCCAUGAGCUCCAGCGCCAGCGUCCCCAACCUGUCGUCCCGAGAGGCCAGCCUCAUGGAGUCCUUCGUCCGUCGUGCGCCUAACAUGUCGCGCACCAACGCCACCAACAACAUGAACCUGAGCCGCAGCAGCAGCGACAACAACACCAACACACUGGGACGCAACGUCAUGAGCACUGCAACUUCUCCUCUCAUGGGUGCUCAGAGCUUUCCUAACCUCACCACCACCGGCACCACUUCCACCGUUACCAUGUCAACCUCCAUAGUAACCAGCAGCAAUAAUGUAGCCACGGCAACCACUGGCCUGUCAGUGGGUCAGCUGCUUAGCAACACGCUGACGACUAGCCUGACGUCGACGUCCAGCGAGAGCGAUACGGGCCAGGAGGCCGAGUUCUCGCUCUACGACUUCCUGGACAGCUGCCGCGCCAACACACUAUUGGCCGAGCUGGAUGACGAGGAGGACCUCCCAGAACCAGAUGACGAUGAUGACGAAAAUGAAGACGACAAUCAGGAGGACCAGGAGUACGAGGAGGUCCUGGUACGAGACGCUUUUGACUCUGUGUUUUACUCAGGGAACUGUGAAUCUAAAACACACGCUAAUGUUGUAUCUGUGUUUUAUGUGUGUGUGUGUCAGGAGGAGGAGGAGUACGAGACCAAAGGAGGUCGCAGGAGGACCUGGGACGACGACUUUGUCCUGAAGAGACAGUUCUCAGCUCUGGUUCCCGCCUUUGACCCCCGACCAGGAAGAACCAACGUCCAGCAGACCACAGACCUGGAGAUUCCCCCCCCAGGAACCCCUCGGUCUGAGGUUCAGGAGGAGGUGGAAUGUGCUCCGUCUCCUCACCUUUCACUAACACUAAAGGUGGCGGGUCUGGGUACGACCCGGGAGGUGGAGCUUCCUCUGUCAAACUACAAGUCCACCAUCUUCUACUACGUCCAACGGCUGCUGCAGCUUUCCUGUAACGGUGCCGUGAAGACCGACAAACUGCGGCGCAUCUGGGAGCCCACGUACACGAUCAUGUACAGAGAACUGAAGGACUCGGACAAGGAGAAGGAGAGUGGGAAGAUGGACUUCUGUGAACACGGCCUCAGCGGUGGCCGUUCAGGCGGCCUGAGUCCGAGCUCUGUCUCAGCCAAUCAGAGCAGCGAGAUCCUGGGCGGAGCCAGAGAGGCGGCGCAGGCGAAGGCGGGCUGCAGUCAGAACGCGUGCGGUGUGGAGGAUGUCCUACAGCUGCUGAGGAUCCUGUACAUCAUCGGAGGAGACGCCGCCACAAACGCCAGGACGCUGCAGGAGGAUGUGGACGAGCUGCAGUUCAACGCAGCCCCAGAAGAAUUCACCAGCAAGAAGGUCACCACCAAGAUCCUGCAGCAGAUCGAGGAGCCUUUGGCGUUGGCGAGCGGCGCUUUGCCCGACUGGUGUGAACAGCUCACGUCCAAGUGUCCUUUCCUGAUCCCCUUUGAGACCCGACAGCUCUACUUCACCUGCACCGCCUUCGGAGCCUCCAGGGCCAUCGUGUGGCUGCAGAACCGGCGAGAGGCGACGAUGGAACGAUCCAGGCCGUCCACCACCGUACGACGGGACGACCCCGGGGAGUUCAGAGUGGGACGGCUCAAACACGAGAGGGUCAAAGUUCCCCGAGGAGACACCAUGAUGGAGUGGGCGGAGUCUGUUAUGCAGAUCCACGCUGACAGGAAGUCCGUACUGGAGGUGGAGUUUCAGGGGGAGGAGGGGACGGGUCUGGGCCCAACGCUGGAGUUUUACGCUCUGGUGGCGGCGGAGUUUCAGAGGACAUCACUGGGAAUAUGGUUGUGUGACGACGACUUCCCUGACGACGAGUCCAGACAGGUGGACCUGGGUGGCGGUCUGAAGCCUCCUGGGUUCUACGUGCAGCGUUCCUGCGGUCUGUUCCCAGCGCCAUUCCCGCAGGACAGCGAGGAGUUGGAACGAAUCACUAAACUGUUCCACUUCCUGGGCGUGUUCCUGGCCAAGUGCAUCCAGGACAACCGGCUGGUGGACCUGCCCGUGUCCCAGCCCUUCUUCAAGCUGCUCUGCAUGGGCGACAUCAAGUCCAACAUGAGCAAACUGCUGUACCAGAGCCGCAGCUCGCCGCAGGGUCAUGACCCUGAGCGCACGCACCUCAUGCCCUUCCUGCUGCUGUCCGAGGUCCAAUCAGAGGCGUCCACCGAGGAGAGUCAGGAGACGUACUCGGUCGGCAGCUUCGACGAGGACUCCAAGUCAGAGUUCAUCAUGGACCCCCCAAAACCCAAACCGCCGGCCUGGUACCACGGCAUCCUGACCUGGGACGACUUCCAGCUUGUCAACCCGCACAGGGCGGGCUUCCUGAAGGAGGUGAAGGAACUGGCAGUGAAGAGGAGGCAGAUUCUGGCGUCGAAGAGUCUGUCUGAAGACGAGAAGAACACCCGACUGCAGGACCUGAUGCUGAGGAACCCCCUGGGCUCUGGACCCCCCCUCAGCAUUGAGGACCUCGGGUUAAACUUCCAGUUCUGUCCGUCCUCGAAGGUCCACGGUUUCUCUGCUGUGGAUCUGAAACCGAACGGAGACGACGAGAUGGUUACCAUGGAGAACGCCGAGGAGUACGUGGAGCUGAUGUUUGACUUCUGUAUGCACACGGGGAUCCAGAAGCAGAUGGAGGCGUUCAGAGAGGGCUUUAACCGAGUGUUUCCAAUGGAGAAGCUGAGCUCCUUCAGCCAUAAAGAGGUCCAGAUGAUCCUCUGCGGUAACCAAUCACCUUCCUGGACCGCCGAUGACAUCAUCAACUACACUGAACCAAAGCUGGGUUACACCAGAGACAGUCCCGGGUUCCUGCGGUUCGUGCGGGUUCUGUGUGGGAUGUCGUCUGAUGAGAGGAAGGCCUUCCUCCAGUUCACCACCGGCUGCUCCACGCUGCCCCCCGGUGGCCUCGCCAACCUGCACCCCCGCCUCACCAUCGUCCGAAAGGUGGAUGCCACAGACUCCAGUUACCCAUCAGUCAACACGUGCGUCCACUACCUGAAGCUGCCUGAGUACUCGUCCGAGGACAUCAUGAGGGAGCGUCUGCUCGCUGCCACCAUGGAGAAAGGCUUCCACCUCAACUGACCUCCAACCCCGAUGCCGCCACCUGCCCGACCUACCGCCGCCACACUGAGCAUGCUCCGUCGUCUGUCCACCCGCCGCGUGAUUGACAGAGCAGCCAGCCAAUCAAACCAGCCGAAAGAGAGAGAGAGAGCGAUAAUGGACUGAAGGGGAGGAGUCAGAGCAGUGGCUCCUCCUCCUCGAAGGCUGAGAGUUCAAGAAAAAAAACUGAUUCAGCUCUGUGUGUGUGACUCCGCCUCCUCCUGAUCCGGACCCGGAACCACAACCGUUUGAUCUACACGUGUGAAAAUACUACACCCUGUCACUGGCGUUUCCGAUAAUUUACCGACGCUUCAAGGACGAUGAAUAUGAAUGUUACCUUUGGUUUCAGUAGUUACAAACAAAUUCUACACUAAAUUUAUCAAAAAAUUUAUAUAUUUCUUUUCAGUCAGAUGUUGCUUAGCGAGCUGAAUAUAAAACUGGGCUAUGUGUAGAUGAAGCUACAUUUAGCAUUAACAUUACCUCACAGGCUAAACAUGGGUAAUGUUAGCCAACAUGUUGAAAAUUUAGCUAACAUUAGAUAAAAAGAACUACAUUUAGUAAUGUUAGCUACUGUGUUUAAAUAAAGCUAACUGCAGCUAGUUAGCUAAAUUUAGCAAUGUUUACAAGUUAACUCAGUUUAGCUCACAGUUGGGGAAAAAUUAUCUUAAAAAAAAAAGCUAAAUUUAGCUAAUGUUGGAACAAAGAACUACAUUUAGCUAAUGUUAGCUAGCGAGCUAAAUUUUGGGAAAAUAACUUGGUUAACGUUUGAAAAAAACUGCGGCAUUCAGCUAACAUUUGCUAGCUUGUUUAAUUGAACAUUAUCGCACAGUAACGGCUGCUUUUCACCCUUUUCUCAUCAAUUCCUUGUUCAAAAUAAGGAGAAUUUACAACAAAGUGUGAAGUUACUUUAAAAACCUCAGACUUGAUUUUUUUUUGAUUAAACAUUUGUUUCUGAAUCCUUGGUUUAUUUAUGAAGAAAGUGAAACUAACGCUCUGAUCAGUAUCGUGAGAAUCUGAACGAUCAUGAGUAAAACCAAAGAUGAUGCGAUUUAAACCCAGGACGUCGUAACACUGAGACGGACGGUGGCGACCGUUGGCGUCCUGGUUCGGAUCAGGAGACUCUUCCUCUUCUUCCUCUUCCUCAGUUUUAGUGCCUGGUUUGACUCGUAGCUUCUCUUUUUUUUGUUUUUUUUUCAGCAAACAAUCACGCUUCUUUCUUCUCCUUUUCUUUAGUUUCAUGAUUUUAUUUUCUGUGUGUGAGACUGUUUUGGGUUGUUUCUCUCUGUCCGACCGACCUCCGUCUGUGAAAGGUCAAAGGUCAGAGUGCAUUUUGUUUUUCCUGAUGAAGCUAUAGAGACAAAAACAAACACUGGUUGUGUGCGAGGCUCUGCUCUCCUUGUAUUUUCUUUGUAUAUUAUAAACAUUUAUUUAACUCGAGUUGCAGUUUGAGGUAAACAGAUAUUUUCAAAUGUGUAUGCUCCAAAAAAAUAAUCAUUAAAAUGUUUGCAAAGUA